AUUUCCGAUUAUUGUUAGAAUAAAUAAAUACUCCCAUGGUUUUGAGCGCGACGCCAUCCAGUUCUCCUCUUCUUCUCCUUUUUUUUCUUAUCUUUCCUUUUCCUGGUAAGUAAGCUAUAAUUUUUGUUUGCUUUCAAGUUUCAACCAUUUCUUUUAUGUAGAUAUAUAAGUAUACGUUAUAAAAAUCGCAAGAUCGCAGUUGCUUUUGGGUUGACCAGAACUGAAUCAGGGAUAGUUAGGGAACCAUGGGAGGGCUUUGCUCCAAGAAUUUGGAUGCCAAAAACAGACUUUAUGGUUAUGGUGGGAAUUUGAAUGGGGAUGUUGAUUAUUAUAGUAGCAACAGCAAGAACAAGAGCAAGCCAUUGCAAGAAUACCAGCAAAAUGCGGAGGGCAGUAUUUUGGAUGGGCCACCGGAGGUUCUGGCUCGGGAAAGCAUGGAUAAGCGGUCUCAAGACCGCAAGCCCAAGCAGUCAGAGGAAACCUUUUCCUUGGAUGAUUUUUAUGAUGGAAUUCCUCGCUAUCCAUCUCUCAGGUCAAGAUCCUUGCGGUCUGGGCAGUCUGCGGUUGCCAAGGUUUCAGAGGUUAGUUCACGUUUGGGCUCUCUUGGAAUAGGCAAAGCAGUGGAGGUCUUGGACACACUUGGGAGUAGCAUGACAAAUUUAAACCCCAACAGUGGAUUCGCAUCUGGUGUGGCAACAAAAGGAAAUGAACUUGCAAUAUUAGCUUUUGAGGUGGCAAACACAAUUGUUAAGGGUUCCAGCCUUAUGCAUUCCCUUUCAAAAAGAAAUAUAAGACAUUUGAAAGAAGUAGUGCUUCCUUCAGAAGGAGUGCAAAAUCUAAUAUCAAAUGAUAUGGGUGAACUCUUGAAGAUUGUUGCAGCUGACAAGAGGGAGGAGUUGAAAAUUUUCUCUGGAGAAGUUGUUCGUUUUGGAAAUCGAUGUAAAGAUACUCAAUGGCAUAGCUUGGACCGUUAUUUUGAGAAAAUUAGCAGAGAUCUUACUCCUCAAAAGCAAUUGCAGGAAGAGGCAGAUUCUGUAAUAGACCUUCUGAUGACCUUAGUUCAGCAUACAGCUGAGCUUUACCAUGAAUUGCAAGUUUUGGACAAAAUUGAGCAAGAAUAUCAGCGUAAACGCCAAGAUGAUAAUGUAGGUGCUGGUCAAAAAGGUGAUAGCCUUGCGACCUUAAGAGCAGAGUUCAAAAGCCAAAGAAAACAAGUUCGAAGCUUGAGGAAAAAGUCACUCUGGUCCAGAAGUUUGGAAGAGGUAAUGGGGAAGCUUGUAGAUAUUGUCCACUUUUUACUUUUGGAGAUUCAUAACAUCUUUGGUAGUGAAGAUGCUAAUGGUCCAAUAAAAGUAUCUAAGAACAAUCACCAGAGAUUGGGACCUGCUGGCCUUUCUUUGCAUUAUGCAAAUAUAAUUAUGCAAAUCGAUACCCUUGUGGCACGAUCAAGUUCUAUGCCUCCUAAUACAAGGGAUUCAUUAUACCUGAACUUGCCACCCAGCAUAAAAUCAGCUCUACGUUCCAAAUUACAAUCUUUUCAAGUUAAAGAGGAGCUCACCAUUGCAGAAAUCAAAGAUGAGAUGGAAAAGACUCUGCAGUGGCUGGUUCCAAUGUCCACUAACACAGCAAAAGCUCAUCAUGGUUUUGGUUGGGUUGGAGAGUGGGCAAAUACUGGGUCUGAGGUAAAUCGGAAGCCUGCUGCCAGUGCAGCUGAUAUAAUUCGGAUUGAGACACUCCACCAUGCAAACAAGGAGACAACAGAAGCCUAUAUUCUUGAACUAGUAUUGUGGCUUCAUCAUCUGGUCAACAAAUCCAAGACUGUUGCUAGUGGUGUUAACAAGAAGUCAUCUGUUAAAUCUCCUAGCGGCACACCGCUUGAAAAGUUGAAUGAACAACCAAGACAUCAGUCUUCCAGUGCACUAUCAUUAACUAUUGAAGAUCAGAUGAUGUUGCAGGAUGUAAGUAGGAAAAAAAGGAUGCCAGGUAUUAGUAAGAGUCAGGACUUCGACUCUGGGAAGUCUCGGUUGAGAAAGCACGAUAGAUCAAGUAAGAGCAGCAACUAUUCCUGUACAAGGGAAAGCAAGGACUCAGUCGCUGUUAAACAGCUCCCAUCUGUGGUUCCCAUUGUUGGCUUAGGUAUUUGAUUGGGAGAAAGCAUGACAGGGUUGAUGUGAUCAGAUAACUUACAGCAUGAGACGUUUUAUGAUUGGGACGACGAGCAAAGUACUUCUGGUGCAUAAGUUGUAUACGUAAGGGCCAAAUCUUGGUGGAUAUGAAAUAUCACAUUAAAUAGUGUUUUUUUUUUUUUUUUUGGUGGCUGACGCACAUUGCAGAGCGGUGCCGCUGGUUCACAAGGCUGCUUGAUAUUGAAACAAUGGCCGGCAGAAAAAUGCUUUUUGUUUACUGUUAUAUGUGUUAAACAGCGCAGAAAAAGAUUGGCUUAAAUUGGUGCGUGCUGGUUGCUAAUAUCAAAAAUUUUUUUCCCUA